UAUGUAUAUUUUCUACAGCAAGCAAUAAAUAAAUUAAAAAUACAAAAUUAUUUAAGUCAGAUGUUAAUUAUGAUCUUUUGCACAAUGAUUGGUAGAUAAAAUCAUGGCAUGGGUGAAAUUUUGAAAACACAAAACUCUCAAAUGAAGAAAUGGUAAUUGAAAAUUGACAUCUGGUUUUUAUUUUAGGAAAGUUAAAAGUUUUAAAGGGGGAGGUCCCUGAUCAUUUAAUAAAUUUUCGAGGACCCAUUUAUUAUAUCAAUUAACACUGCAAUAUUUCAAAUCCAAAAGAGAUGUAGAAGAAAAAGAAGACAAGGUUUCUACUGAAAAAUUGGUGUAUUCAUAUGUAACCAACUUGUGUUUUGAGUUUGUAGGCUAAAUGGAGGUCAUGUGCGAAAGAAGAAAUCCAUUUACCUUUCUCAUGGUGUCCACAGCUGUACAUACAUUUGGCUUCCUCAUCUUAUCAAUAGCGCUAUUUCUUCGCUUGUACCACGAGAUUAAUAAGCCUAAACAGGAUUAUUUUACAAAAUUCGCUUAUUCCUUCAAAUACUUAAAUUCCCUGAAUGCCUUGAUGCAAUCUAUUUAUCACCUCAUUGCACUUACCGUCGAUAUUAUGAUCAGUUGUUCGUACACCAUGGAUGCACCGCCCGGAUGUGUGGAGGUAAGGGCGUUCAUCAGAUCGGCAUUCGCUAUACCAAUUGGAACGUUCAACUGCAUCGCGUACUGGGCAUUGAGCCUAAAAAGUGCCGAUCUGCUGGUUAAAUCCGAGUAUCCGCUUUGGCUACGACAUACGUUAUAUACGAUGGUUCCUAUUAUUUUAUUUUUUGAUGUUAUCAGCUGCAAGGGUGAUUCUGUCAACGUGAUCAUUGCGAUGUGUAUGUUAGGUAUUUCAUCUUUCCUUUUCUUGAUAUGGCUUCAUCUCAUCUACCACUUCACAGGCGUGUGGGCGAUCUCUUUCCUAAAAAAUCUUACGCUUCCGCAAAAGCUAGCGUCCUACGUUUUUUUUGUGCUUGUAGAAUAUGCAUUUUUCCUCGUGGGCAAGCUUUUCAAUGAUCUUUUGUGGGACGAAGAGUUUGUCUCAGGCCUACCGUUUUUACGAAAAUACGUCUCCGUACCUCCUCGUUUCAUUUUUGGUAAACCAUCUGUGAAUUCAGCCAAACUUAAACGACUAUUGAGUAGAACAGGAAGCAUGUUUGUAGACCGACCAAAAAAAACUAACAAAGGAAAUAAAAUAUAAUAAAAGUUACUUGU